UUGGCUUCACGCCCCACUGCCUGGUCGUGUGUGUGUAGUAUGUCCGUCUGGCUGGUCCUGCUGCUGCCUUUUUUCUAGUCUCUAGUGUGUUUGUGUACAAGGAGCGUGGUGCGUGUUUUCGAAUCAGUUUCGACCCUGAUUGUGUGGGUGGCCAUAUCGGGGUCUCCCAAUUUUUUUUUUUGGUUUCGUUCUUUGCGGGUUGUUGUUGUUGUUGUUGUUGCAGCGCCAAUGUGUUUGUCUAGGCCAACCGAAAUUGCUUUUUAAAGGAACGACCCAAAUUACUUUCUUAUUUUUUUGUUUUUUAGUUUGGGGCUUUCGGGGUGGAAAAAUAAAAACUUUGGGAGUUUGUCCUUUUGGUGUUUUGGUUGCCUGUGUGUAACCAACAGGUAAAAAACUAAAAAAAAAAACUAAAAAAAGCCGAAAACAUCAAAUUCGGGAGAAAGAAGAGAUUUGGCUCCAGGGGGGUAGGAGGGUGUGUGUAGUUUAUGGGGUUCAGUUUGGGAACUAGGAGCGGAUGAAUUCGGGUUGUUGUUUCCCUUUUACGUCCGACACAUUUCAAAUAGGAAAGGAGGGGGGGGGGGGGAACAAAAAAUUGAUGUUUAUCAUCACCGGAUGAAUAAAAUAUAUUUAACCGAAAGGGGCAGAAGAAGAAUUACUACCGGCAAACUCUGAAACUCUUUGGGGUAGUAGUAGAUGAAUGGCGCCCGUGUUGCCGGAUUUGUGCGAGUUAGACUCGGAUGACGACAGAGGAGCAGAUGGAAGAGAAAGUGACGAAUCCGACGACGACACUGGCGAGGAGGAUUACUUCGUCUUCCACAAUCCGUUGAGCCUUUUGGCCGUUGUCCCCGAUGUUGUCGACUUUGAACGGAUGAUCGAGCUGGACAGCAAGUCGCUGAACUCGUUGGCCGGAACUGGUACCAGUAUCGCGUCUGGACAUUCACGCAAGAGCUCGGAUGCGUCGCAAAUCUCUUUGAACUCUGGUUCUAGUGCCAACAGUCAAGAGGCGCGUUCGGACGACAACGAAGAGGAUCAGUGGAGCCUUUGGGGCCGUCUGGUGGCCGACUGGGCCAAUACGUACAAGAAGCGAAAUGCCUACGUCAAGGACCUCGUCCGCAAAGGGAUCCCGCAUCAUUUCAGAGGCGUCGUCUGGCCACUGCUGUGCGGCGCCAAUGACUCGCCGGCCAAGUCGCAAUACGCCGAGUAUAUCAAAGCCACAUCCGCCUGUGAAAAGGUCAUCCGUCGCGACAUAGCGCGCACGUACCCCGAACACGACUUCUUCAAAGAGAAAGAUGGCCUGGGCCAGGAAAGUCUCUUCAACGUCAUGAAAGCCUACUCGUUGCAUGACCGUGAGGUGGGCUACUGCCAGGGAUCUGCUUUCAUCGUUGGCAUCCUCCUCAUGCAGAUGCCCGAAGAAGAAGCUUUUGCGGUCGUGGUCAAAUUGAUGCAGGAAUAUCGAUUGCGGGAGAUUUUCAAACCUUCCAUGGCCGAGUUGGGUUUGGUUUUGUAUCAACUCAAGAAUCUCGUCGAGGAAUUGUUGCCCGAUCUCCACGCCCACUUCCUGUCACAGAGUUUCGACACGAGCAUGUACGCCAGCAGCUGGUUCCUCACCCUAUUCAGCACCACGUUGACCCUUUCGGUGGCUUGCAGGGUGAUGGACGCCUUUUUGAUUGAUGGCAUGGAAAUUAUUUUCCGGUUGGCCGUGGCCAUUCUCAACUUCGGCAAAGAAGACCUUCUCUCUCAGGAUAUGGAGGGGAUGCUCAAGUAUUUUCAAAAGGAAGUGCCGGCCCGUUUUGAUCCGUGCCCAGAUCCUCUUUUUGUCGCCGCCUACAACGUCAAAUAUAGCGCCAAGCGCAUGAAAAAGUGGGAAAAGGAAUACACAGCUCUCAAGACGAAGGAGCAAGAGGAUCAGGAAGAAGUCCGGAGGCUGAGAGCCGAGAACCGUAUGCUUCGCCAGAAAGUCUCCAUGCUGGAAACGGAGUCAAGUGAGCUGGCCGAACGGCUGGUACGCGGCCAAGUCAGUCGAGCUGACCAGGAAGAAACAACUUUCCACUUGAAACGUGAACUGGAAGCGUCCAGGCAACGUGACGCUGAGAACACUGCUCACCUGCGUGAGCUCCAGCAGCGUCUCAAACACAUGGAACAAGAGAACUAUUCUAGGCAGUCGUCCCUAGAGAUGGAACCUACCACAUCACCAUCCCUGCAAGCCGAACUGCUCAAGCAGAAGGAAGAACUCAUCCAGUGCCUUCAAGAGCAGUUAAUUGGCGGCCGCCUCCGCCAAGCUGAAAUGGAUUCCAUGAUCCGUGACAUGAAGAAUCAGCUUCAUGAACACGAAGAGGACAAGAAGCGACUACGAGAAGCCACCCCAGACAAUGUAGUUUUAGCUCUACAGGAAGAGCUCAUUGCUGUCAAACUACGCGAAGCUGAAGCCACUUUAGCCCUGAAAGAGCUGCGUCCCAAAAUCUCUGAAUUGAGUUCUCAAUGGCUCCGCCAUCUGCAGGAGGAGCACACGACUGAAAACCAACCGACUUCGCUCGAGUCCACUCCAAAGAAAUUACUCUUCUGGGAGAAUAAUCGAUCGUCGUCAUCGGCUGGCAACAAGUCGGACGAAUUGAUGACUAUUAGACUACGGGAAAUGGAAGCCGUGACUGAAUUACGAGAGCUCCGAUUGCGUCUCAUGGAACUGGAAACUCAAAACCAAGUGCUGAGCAAUCAACUCAAGCGACAGGACGACGAAAUCAAGGCCUUGGUCUCCAAGACGGAGGCGUCUGAAAGGCUCGACAAGGAGCACCAGAGUAAGAUUAAGGAGCACGAACGGAAAUAUGCCGACCUAGAGGCCAAGAUGAGAGAAGAUUCCAUGCUGGCUCGCAUUCAUGACGCCGAACACUCGCAACACGUCGCCGAAUUGAGCCAGAAAAUAUCCCAACUCGAAAUGAAGAAUGAACAAAUGUUAACUGAAGGCGAAUUAAGUAUGGUUGAGGACAGCGAUCGAGUUCGGGAACUACAAGAUCGCAUUGGUGAUUUAAAAGCUGAGAUUCAAAGAUUAGAACACGUCAAUCGGAAACUGGGCGGUACCAACGGCUUCUCCAAGUUAGCACAUCAGCAAGAAGUUUCCGAUCCGUCCGAUGACGACGAAGAUAUGAGCAAGUUGGAAUUGCGAUUCUCUCCAAGAACCUCGGUUGAAAAUCUUACGUCAUAAUCACACUCUGAGCAAUCGUUUCUUUUUCGUUAUCUAUUUGUUUCGUGGUACAUGAAUACUCUUUUUGUCUGCGACCGUUUAAUUUUAAUCAGCAGCUUCUUUUUUUGUCCUGUUGGUGAGACAGACUAAAAGUGCUGCAGCGUUUCUUUUUCACUUAUAUCGGGAUUGACGACUUAUUGUUUACUUGUAAUGCCCAAAAUGUUAAUGACAUCUUUUAAAGAGACAACAUUCCAAUUGUGCGAAACUGUGAUUUCAAUGAAUUAUUCACUAGUGAAUGUUAUGCUAAACAUCUCACUCAUCCAUCACCUGUACUUUUUCUCAUUGGUUAUGAGUGAGAGAAUAUUUGUAACCUCUAUGUAACAUAAAUAAACCCUAUUGAAAUACCAA